GCCGAACUCUAUGCGGCUUUGUGGUCAAGUGUUUUUAAGGGGUUAAAUUUGGCAAUGCGUCCGGGUAAAGGACUCGAUCGUAUUUCGUUGUUACAGCUGAUGUAGAAUGGGAUCAUAGCGUCUUUGUUUCAGACUGUUGAUGUGUGCGUGCGCGGGGGAUUAAAAAGGCGAUCGAGCAUUGCUUUGCCUGUGAUUUGCAACAUUUCCCUGAGUUAUUCUGGUUGAAUCACGAAAUGAUCAAUUGUGAUUGUUUUCGGAAGUAUGUAAGUGAGAGGCAGGACGUUGUUGAAGUUUAAUUUGUUGAGUUGGCACGCUCGAGAUUUAUGGAAGCCAUCGUUGCAGUAAGGACAACUUCAAAAUGCUCGAUAACAACCAAUUUGUCGGCAUGAGUUUGGAUACCGACGUCCUUGAUUGCCUACUUCAAUUUAAUCUGACGAUUUAGACCUGCGGUCGUCAUUCAAACCUAUAUUAGUUUGAUGUUUUGCAGUGCAGUGCUCAGCAAGUGUAGCUGUUUCAGAUUGAUUCUCUCUAUGAGGAGAGGCGUUGUACUAUCAGCGCGCAAGCAAGCCGAAUAGGGACGCUGCAGAAAGUGUUAAAACCUGUAUCAUGAACAACAACCAGUUGAACCCUGAAGGUCCCUUGGAGAUGUCCAAGCAGUGGAGCAGUCGAUCCCGUUUCCAGGACUUCUCCGACGACGAUCGAAGCAACCGAUAUUCCUUCUCAGAUAUCGGAAGAACAGAUGAGUCAUCUUCUAGCCACAUGCUGGAUGAGACGCAGCUCAGCUGGAUGCUUGAACCGAAAUCCAUGAAGAAGAAACCCGUAAUUGACUUUGGAUGUGUCUCUUGCAAUCGAAAAUGUUUCUGGUGGUCCAUUGGCAUCCUCGGCGCUAGUGUCAUCAUCAUCGGCCUGUCACUCGUCAUUUGGACAUUUACUCCAAAGAAGCACUCCACUCCUCCCACCGUGGACAAUUACACAGUCGCACUGAGCAAGGCCCUCACAUUCCUCGAUCUUCAAAAAUCUGGUGCUUUACGUUCUGGUGCAAACACUACCUCAUGGCGUGGAUCCUCUGCCUUGCUGGACGGCCAAGCUAUAUUAAACAGCACCGCAGCUAUAAAUCUAGCCGGCGGAUUUUACGAUGCUGGUGACAACAUCAAGUUCAGUUUCACAGGAGCUUAUGCCAUGACGCUCCUGAGCUGGAGUGUAAUAGAGUACAAGGCGAAGUUUCAAGCCGCUGCAGAGUUGGACCAUGUGAAGAAUUUGAUAAAAUGGGGGACGGAUUAUUUGCUGAAAACAUUCAACUCAUCGUCGGUGGAUGAGAUCGUUUGUCAGGUGGGCAUGGGCGGAGGUAAAAUACCAAACGACCAUCACUGCUGGGAAAGACCUGAGGAUCUCGACUACUUCAAUGACACACGCCGUCUGGGUAUUCAAGUACCAUCGGGCUCGGACCUGGCGGGAGAGAUGGCAGCGGCUCUGUCGGCUGCGUCCAUUGUAUUUAAAGACCAGCCACUGUACGCACUGAAACUCCUCACAAGCGCCGAAGCUCUUUACGCAUUUGCCAAGAAAAGACCCUCUCGCUAUGUUGAUAGUGAUUCCCUUCCGGUUUCUGAAAGAGUUUUCUACAACUCAACAAGUUUCGAUGAUGAAAUAAUAUGGGCAAGCUCGUGGUUGUACUUCGCUACUGGCAAUGCGACCUACCUAGACGACGCAACUAUUUCCGCAAUUGAUAACAGUAACCAAGCUGGGGCCAAUGCGUUUGGUGCCUUUGAUUGGGAUAGCAAGCUCGCGGGAGCCCAGUUGCUUCUUACCAGGCUACGGAUGCUGCAAGGACCAGGAUAUCCGUAUGAGCAAGCGCUUAGGCAGUACAACAAUGAGACCAAUCUGGUGGUGUGCGCUUAUAUACCACAGUUCGAGAUAUUCCACCGCACAAAAGGGGGUUUGGUGCUAAUCAAUCCGAAUGCAACUCAGCACCUUCCUGCUGCUGUUAACGCCGCCUUUUUGGCUGCACUGUACGCUGACUAUCUGAAAGCUGCCGAUGUACCUGCGAUCGAAUGUGGUCCCGACAUGUUUUCACCGGAUGUUCUCCGGGACUUCUCCCGAUCGCAGGUCGAUUACGUACUGGGAAAGAAUCCUCUAAACAUGAGCUACCUCGUAGGAUACAGCGACAAAUUUCCGUUACAACCGCACCAUCGAGCAGCCUCCUUCCCCAGCGAUGGGAAGCGAUACAGCUGCAGAGAAGGGUGGAAGUGGAGAGACCGGGAUUCUCCUAACCCGCAUGUGCUGGUAGGGGCCAUGGUUGGAGGUCCUGAUAACUACGACCGCUUCAACGAUACUCGCAGUAGCUCGGAUCAAAAUGAGCCCACGCUUGCGGGCAACGCGGGCCUCGUCGGGGCCCUGGUAGCGCUAGCGGCAGCGACAACAGGGGUUAGUAAGAGCUUAGACACCAACUUCAUUUUCGCUGCCAUUCCGUCCCAUAUGACUCCUCCCGCUCAGUCUGGGGCGCCCUAAAUUAUAACAUCACGUUCUUUUUCUUUUUCUUUUUGAAAAGUAACGGUGGUUUAUUACAACAAAAAGAAUAUAUUUCAAUCCGGAGCCCUGGGUAGGGUUGGCGGAUUCGUGAAUACAGGGGCUAGUUUCUAUCUAGGUGAAUGAAAAACUCCUGCACAUAGUACCUCAUUCCUACACCACGUGUCGUUGAACUCUUGGCUGAUAAUCGCUUUUCUAGUGUCUCCGCAUAUACUGUAAUAUGUGAGAAUCUGGUUAUGUCAAGCCAUCCCAGCGUAAAUUGUUUCUCGGCAUGUGAGAUGGUAGAUUUCAAGCACAUUAAAGGGUUCCUGGGUAAAAAUGAAACUGUAGCAGGCACACCAGAGUUGCUACAGAAUUGCUGCGCAAAGUACAUAGCCUACCAAGCUUCUAGUGUUGGUUCCUGGUUGGUAUGCUUGCUGCGAGAGUAUGCCUGGGGGUAUAUCGGAUGCCGCUUCUCUCUAGGAUAAUGUGGGAAACGUGCCCAGCGCGCUCCAAACUCUCAAGGAAUGCCAGGUCCUUCGCGCAAACUUACAUUUGCGGAGGUAGUGUUCUGGGGUUUCUCAAAUAUUCACGUCACAUCAGGUGCAUCGGCUAGGGAAACCCAUGACUUUGCACCAACUGUUGGUUGGGAGGUCACUGGAAUUCAGUUGCCACAGAAAUGUUUGGAGUUUUGCUGGUUUAUUGGCGUCCUAGAUAAGUUGAAUUGCGGCCUUGUUCUAAAUCUGUUGGAAUUUGAGUUGCUUGAACUUGAGCUGCAGUCGCAUAGGUGUGGUUAUACGGGAUAAAAGGAUUCGGUAACUAUAGCAAGUGGGAUAAUUGACGAAGGGGGCAUGGGCAAGUGCGUCGAUUUUACCCCAUGACCACUCGUGGGGGUCAAAGGAGAGAUUUUGGACCGAGCAAAGGUUCUAUACUAAAUCGGUGUAUUCAGUGCCCUGAUUGAUCCCUGUGGUGCGAAGGUCGCCUGUUGUCGUGAUAACUCGGAUCCAAUGCAGGAGUUCCUCGAAAAUGUUGAGAAGCUCGUCAGUGUAGGAGGCGAAAAAGGUUGUGAUGCGUUUGUGUGAAAGGCCGACCUUCAAAGAGAUUGUGAAGUUGGUAAAUUGUGUCUUGUAGUGUUCGUCCUGCUAGCCGGCUACCCACUAAAAAGCUGUGAAGGCAACUGCGUCAUACUCCAAUUCCUGGGUAUAGCUGUCAAGAUUGCUUCGAGCUGUUGGGUCGUCCUGCUCGUGCCGACUUGUGAGGACACAUCUGUGACUGUUUUCCAGUCCCGACGGUCCAAGUGCCAGAGAUCCUUGAGCUAGAAAAUUUCUCUUUGCAUCUUGUUUAGGCCAAAUGGGUACUGGGUGUCUGCAAACGUGUCUUUGUUAGCGUUGAUCAAUUCUGUGCUCCAGAAUAUAUGCUUCCUAGCCGUUGUUUCUGCGGUAUUAGGUUGCUAGAAAACAAGGCCAUAUCGGAUUAUUUUCCAUGAUUUCCACACUGCCCACUAGAGGUCAGAGCCGGAUCGAUGGACGACAUUUGUAUUUAAAAUGAAAUGAGAAUUUGGUGGCGAGCUUCCCCUUUUCUUUGGCUGGA